AUGAUGGCUAUGAAGAAGGCUAGAUUUGCUGAAACCUACUCGACCGGGUUUCACCCGAAUUUUGAAUCAGAAGGGUCAGACAACUCGGCUAGACUGGAUGGUAUCACUGCUCAUUCGGAGGAUUCUAUGGCACCAAGGCAAAAAUGGAUUGAUUUGAACUCUUCCUCACGAGAUUUCUUUGAUGUGCCUGCACAAGUUCUUGCUUUUCCUAUGCUUACAUCUUCUGAGAAGAAGAGCUUGUGUCUGAGAUUCAAAUCGGAGCUGGAAAAGAUUCAGGCACUUAAGAAGAAGUAUCCCCUGCUGAGAUCGAACAGCUCCUCUAGUGUAGGCGAUGUACCGAAUGUUCCGCUAGUCCAGUCGAAGAAACCUUUUGGUCCUGUUUCUAAGUCUGGGAGAAGCUCAACCUCAUCAACUAACAAAGCACGUGGAAAUUGGAAUCGAGCCUCUUCAGGAAGGUUUCAGGCUGUAAAAAACGAGGGUCACUCAUCAAAUUCUAAAUCAAAUCCAGCUAUUAUGAAAAUGUGUGAGAAUGUCUUGAAAAAGUUGAUGUCUCAUCAGUAUGGUUGGGUAUUUAAUACCCCAGUUGAUGCCGUGAAGUUGAAUAUUCCAGAUUAUUAUACUGUAAUCAAACAUCCAAUGGAUCUGGGGACAAUAAAGAAAAAACUUGCUUCAGGAGAGUACCAGAGUCCCUUAGAAUUUUGUGCUGAUGUCAAGCUUACAUUCUCUAAUGCUAAGACUUACAAUCCACCUGGAAAUGAUGUCCAUAUAAUGGCUGAAGCAAUGAGUAAGUUUUUUGAGCUUAGAUGGAAAGAUGUGGAGAAAAAAUUUCCAACCUUAUCUCAGUCAUUAGCUGACAAAUCUGGGCCUCCUGUGGAAAUGGAGAUGGUUAAGACCACAACCACAACCACAACCACAACCAUUCCCACAAAGAAGAGAAAACUUACAGAACCGGAGAAACCCAAAAUGUCUGCAGAAGAAAAAAGCAAAUUGACCCAAGAAUUGGAAGGUUUGCUGGAAGAUUUACCGGAAAAAAUCGUUGUUUUUCUAAAGGAACAAAUAUCUAAUGCUGGAGAAUCGGCCGAGGAUGAGAUUGAACUAGAUAUUGAAGAUUUGAGUGAGGAUGCUUUGUUUACAUUAAGAAAGCUUUUGGACGAGCAUUUUCUGGAGAAACAAAAGAUUGCUGAGAAAGGGGAACCUUGCGAGAUAGAGCUACCUAAUGAAUCUGGCCUGAGCAGCUCAUCCAUGCAAGCAGAUAAAGGGAAUGACCUUGUAGAUGAGGAUGUUGAUAUUGGAGAAGAUGAGCCUCCUGUCUCUAGCUACCCUGCUGUUGAGAUUGGAAGGGAUAAGGCCAUCCUGUCUGAUAGAAAACAAGAUAUGGAUCCCUGCUAUCCAUCUGAUGGUGAAGUAGAGACCGAUGCUUUAACUGCUGCAAAGCAAACCCUGGAUGAUGGUGAUUAUCGAGCUUCACAUGAAAAGGAGAUUGCAGAGGAUUUGGCUGAGGGAAAUCAAUCAGUUAGUGGGCUCGAUCAACUUGAACAAAGCUCUCUAGAGAAGCCAAACUCAGAUGAGACGGAUAGCCCUCAAGAUGGUAAGAAUAGAAGCUACGGAAAUUGA